AUGCAUACUAGUGUAUUAUUAUUAAAUCAAUUACCAUAUAAAUUGAGAGAUACAGGUGCCCCUUUAAUUUCGUGUGAUAUUGGUGGAUCCAUUUUUCAAAAUGUAUUACUUGACAUUGGUGCUAGUGUUAAUUUAUUACCUGCAAGUAUUUGUGAUAAAUUUAAUAUUUCUGAUCUUAAACCUUCUACUAUUAUCUUACAAUUUACUGAUAGAUCCAUAAAACAUCCUAAAGGUAUUUUAAAAAAUGUGAUAGUGACAGUUAAAGGGUAUAAAUUUCCAGCUGAUUUUGUAGUGCUGGAAAUGGAUUUUAAUGGACAGUUUUAUGAUACACCAAUCAUCCUAGGGAGACCAUUUUUGCAUAUAACAAAGAUGAAUAUUGAUUUUCUCACAAGUAUUGCGAAAAUUUCAUGUGGAGAUCAAUCAAUAGAAAUUAAAAUUUUUGAGGUAUCAAAUGAUCUUAAAAAAUCCCAAGUAUAUGAUUGUCAUACCAUAGAUCUUCUAGAUGAUUUUGAUGAUCCAGAUGUUAUUGAUGACUGUGUGUUGGAAGAAUUAGAGGAAAUAAAGAAUAUAAAUUUAGAAGAAAAGAAAGAGGAAGAUCAUCUAAAUUUAAAGUUGAAACCUCUUCCCUCUAGUUUAAAAUAUAUGUUUUUGGAGGAAAAUAAUUUAUUUUCUAUUAUUAUUGCAGCUGAUUUGAGUGAUGAACAAGAAGAAGAAUUAUUAGAUGUACUUCGAAAAAAUAAGAAGGCUAUGGGCUGGAAAAUGGAUGAUCUAAGGGGCAUUGAUAUGAGUGUAUGCAUGCAGAGUUAA